AUGGCGCAAAAAAAGCCUGAGUAAGUGGAUACGGUAGUGUUUUGGAGUUAUUGACCUUGAUAAGCUGUAACUUAUAUUAUCUCAGGGAAGAAAACGUUGGUUACCAACGGCGGAUCAAGAUCAAACUGCCAGGCGAUGUGAAGAUUGGCUUCGAUCCCUUCGAGAAUCCAGCCACACUCUUACCAAUCGACGACUCCUUCCGCCAAAUCCCGUAUCCAGUCGACAAGAAUGGGCACAUCAUGUUAUCUGGAGGGGACCCAAACUUCGUUGAUGGCAUAGCAACAGUCCCCGCAGAGAAGCCAGAGGAUGUUAAGAACAAGGAAUACCAGCCUUUGCCCGUCGACAUCCCUCCACCAACGCCCGCAGGCACCACAAAUAACAAAACGAACAAGAUCGAGGCCGUAACCAAUGCACCAGAGCAACCGGAGACGCCCGAAGCGCCCAACAAAGUCGAUCUCCCCACGGUGAGCAUGGACGAGAGUGGACAGGAAGACCUCGAAGAGAAAGUGGUCCAGAAGGAUGUGGGAGAAGAUGGGAUCACCGAGCAGGACUAUCACCAUGGGUGAGUGGAGGUGGUGACGGAUAAGAUGAGACAUUUAGUUUGUUGCCUCGAGAAGAUGUCGACAAAUUGUUGUCAAAACCUGGAGACUUCCUCCUCAGAGUCACCGAGCUCAACGCUGGAGACACCGGCACUGUGAGACUAUCUUCCCGCCAUUAAUUUACUCUUUAGAGUUGCAUCACUACCAGGCCUGUGGCCGCCGGAGGGCAGAUCCAAACUUUUAUUCUGAAGAAGGAAAAGGGAAAGCUGUUUCUUACCGAACCCGUCGGAUUCGAUUCGAUUGUGGAUUUGGUGAACCAUUAUAUGAAGACCAAGAAGAUCUUUGGACGUCCCUCCUGUCAACUUUUGAGACCAAUCUGCCGCCAGGAAUGGGAAUUCUAUCAAGACCAAGUUAAAUGUAUCAAGCCCAUUGGAAAUGGGGCUUAUGGUCAGGUUUAUUAUGGAAAGCUCACUCUCAAGUCUUCUCCAAAACCCGUGGAUGUCGCCGUGAAACAAGUAAGCCAUGGAGGUAUACCAUCAAUUGUAAUUUCAAGAUGAAAUUGAGCAUGAUGAACAGGGACAAGAUCGAAGACAUCAUGAGGGAGGCCCGUCUGAUGAGAAUGAUGAUCCACGACAACAUUGUUCGAUGUCUUGGGGUCUGUGCCGACCAGGAACCGCUUAUGAUUGUCAUCGAAUAUGUGGCCGGAGGGGCUUUGGAUGCGUAUUUGAGGACGAAUGGACCCAGGAUCUCCAUUUAUGAAAGAGUUUCCAUGUGUUUGGAUGCUGCCAGAGGUCUGAGUCACGUCCACAAAAUGGGAAUCAUACACAGGUAACAUAAAUAUUAUUCUGUAAUGUUUAAGUAUUGGUUUAGAGAUGUCGCGGCCAGAAAUUGUCUCUACACAAGAAAUUGUUUGAAGAUCAGUGACUUUGGACUCUCCCGUCAAGCCGCCAUCUACAAAGCCGAUCCGGCCGAGAGAUGUCCCAUCAAAUAUCUCGCCCCCGAAGUCUUUAUCAGCCACACCUACACUUGCCAAUCUGAUGUCUGGGCCUACGGUGUUUUGAUGUAUGAGAUCUUCUCCAAUGGAGCUGAACCCUACGCCAGAAAGACUCCUCCACAAGUCAAACAGAUCGUAAGUUGAGCUUUCAUUUCCGUAUUUAGUUGUCAUCAUUCCAGGUGCUAACCCAAGGAUCAUUGCUGGGGCCUCCUUCGUGGGCUCCCGAUUACGUCAAGACUAUAAUGUCUGAAUGCUUUGUCAAACACCCCUCGAUUAGAGCCAAAUUCGGCAAUAUUGUGAAGACUUUUGUUGCCGUCAGAGCGUAAGCGUAGAUAUAAUUUUAAUCAUGUUCUGGUUUACAGAGCUGAGCAAAAACAUGCCGAUGUGAUGCUGGCAAUGAAGAUGGCCAGAAAGAAGGGGAAACCGACGAAUAAGCCCAUUGCACCCAAGGCCAAACCCGGACCGUCUAAUAGUCAGAGGAAGGUGAAGAAAAAGAAGGAAAAGGAUAUGAAUCGGACUCAGGAAACUCGAGAGGAGGGGGAUGUCAGCAGUAAAAAGUUGAAGCAGGUGAAGGAUAAACGCCCAUCCAAAAACAAAAAAGCAAGGAAAACGAAGCCGAAGCAUCAUUGA